AGCACAAUCACAGUCGCCGGAAAACUGCAGAAGGUGUUGGAAUACGUAGCGGAUAACCGCGCAGUGAAAUUCAGUUCAAUUGACGUUGAAACGACAGAAAAUCAAAACUUAAGUGACGGUAGGGAAAAAGCGGUUUUACUGUGUGAAAGAAUUUACUGUGCGUAUCCUCAAAUAGCGACUUGAGGCAUAUACAUAUUUACGCGAAAUUAAAAACAUAUACGCUUGCUACGUGCGCGAAUCAAAAGUGUUGUGGUAAAAUCGAAAAUAAAUAUUAAAAAAAUAAAUAUCAACUGAAAAAUUUUACAAACAAGUGUAGCUAAAAGUGUCAAUAAAUACGAGUAUAUAAUCAUACCUACAUACAUAUAUACAAGUAUAUUGUAAAUAAGCUGUGUGCUUGUGUUUGUGUGUGUCUUUAUGCCGCUGCUGACUAAAAAGGAAGCGGAAAAGAAAGCGGACGCCACAAAGCAGCGCUUUCGCUGAGUAAAGCAGAAAGAAGAAAAAAAAAUUACGGAAAAUAUUAAAAAAAUUUAUUCGAACGAAUGAGAAAAGAUUUUUGCUACUUGUUUUGCGGGUGUAAUAAAACAGGAAAGAGCAAAAUGAUUUUUCGCAGCAGAAAUAAGGCAAAAUAAAUGUAGUGCAAUUGUAGCUAAUAAGUUUUAACCUGUGUGAAAAUAUCAUAAAAUAUUUUAUAAGAAAAAAUUAUUAAUUUUACAUCAAGGUAGUGUAUAAAUGUGUGUUUUUAAAUCAUAACCCACCUAAAAGUAAGAAAAAGCAUUUAAAAGUGUCGAAAAAAAACGGAGACGGUAACGGUAUCGGAUACGCGUCGGCAAAUUUGUGAGCGUGUGCAACUUACUAAAUAUUAUAAAAAUAAAUAAAAUAAAUAAAAAUAAAUAAAUUUGUAUAUUAAAAAUCCUCUAAGUGUUGCUUUUCAAUACAAAUACCCAAAUACAUAUCUACGCUAAUUUGAAUUAUCUGUAGUUAAUAUAAAAUUUCAAAAUUUUGGUAAUUCCUUGAUAUUGUGUGCUUUUCAAAAUCACUCAUAUUCUCAGUCGAUAUCGUAAAAGUGCUUUUGAUAUUCGCAAAAAUUGCGUAGCGUUCUCGGGCGCGUGCGCAUUUCAAAUCCACGCAACGCGGACGUCGCCGCCAAAAUGCAUCCGCCAGCGGGCAAGCGAUGCCGGCAAUUAAAUGAUGCCACCAACAACACCAAAAGCAACAUAAUGGUGGAAGUACGACAAGCCAGAGAGUUAGGCGACAUCGACUACAACGAUACAUCAACUGCAACAACAACAACAGCAACAACGAGGAAAAUGUUCGGCAAUCAGUGCCGCCAGCUGAGUGUUUUGGCGUGUUUCAUCGCCAUUAUCGCCUUAAAUAAUUUCGGUUGUCUGCUAACGACAACAACGGCUACAAUGCAACGGGAGAAUAUGCGUGUGCUGCCAUUGCCAGAAGUCAGCUACAGUGGCCGCGAUAGCAGCGGGUCAGCCUUCAGUGAGCCCUGCUCUACGGGAUCCUUUCGUUGCAACGAUGGCAAAUGCAUAACUUCGUUAUGGGUGUGCAAUUAUCAGAAAGAUUGUGAGGGUGGUGAAGAUGAGCAGCAGUCGUGUCCGCCACCUGAAUGCGAAGCGGGCCAAAUCAGCUGCGGCCAAUAUAUCUUCAAUAAGACCUACUGCAUACCGCCGCAUUUUCGUUGUGAUAUGACCGAUGACUGCGAGGACAAAUCAGACGAAUCACAGUGCACUUACAGAAAAUGUCAAUCGAGCGAUGUUUUCUGCAAUGCACCCGGCGGUUUGGCUCCAUCAGAUGGAAGCCGCCUGGCUGGACCAUGUGUGCAGAAGGAGAAACGUUGCGAUGGUUAUCUGGAUUGUCGUAAUGGACGUGAUGAGGAAGGCUGUACCGGCAUCUCGUGUCGUUUGGAUCAAUUUCGUUGUGUCAAUGGGCAGAAAUGUAUUGACGCUUCGCUCAAGUGUAAUCACAAAGACGAUUGCGGUGACAAAUCCGAUGAGCAGGGCUGCAAUUUUCCACCCUGCCAUCAUGGCCAAUUUCGUUGCACAAAUGCGCUGUGCAUUCCAUCGAACUUCUAUUGUGACGGAUAUCACGACUGUGCUGACGAAAGUGAUGAGGCCAAUUGCACGGCAAUCGCAUGUCCUGAUAAUAAGUUCCUUUGUCCGCGCGGCGGGCCAAAUGGCACACCCAAGUGUAUAUUGAAAUCUCAACUGUGCGAUGGCAAUCGUGAUUGUGAGGAUGGCAGUGAUGAGGAGACCGCGUGCUCUACGGCUUCGUGUCCGGCGCUUAGUUGUGAAUAUCGUUGCGGUCCCUCGCUGACUGGUGGCGCCUGCUAUUGCCCGAAUGGCCAAUCGAUCGCAGCGGAUAAUCGCACAUGUAUGGAUCGUGAUGAAUGCGCUGAAUGGGGUUAUUGCGAUCAGUUGUGUACGAACACGGACGGCUCAUUUAGCUGUGCGUGUGCACAAGGCUACAGCUUAUUCAAUAGUUCGAAAUGUAUUGCGCCCGAUGCCAAGACGCUACACCUUGUUAUUGCACACGAUCGCGCUGUAGUCCGUAUGUCGGCGCAUGGUGAUGAUCCACGUGUGUUGGCCAAUGCCACAGCCGCUUCGGGCGUGGCUUUCCAUUACCAACGCAACACGCUCUACUGGUCCGAUAUUAAGACACGUAAGGUGCAGUCAAUAAAGUUGGACGUCUUCAAUGCGGGCAUCUCUACACUGGAUUUGACAUUACCCGGUACGUGGGCGCCCGUGGCGCUGGCCGUGGAUUGGGUUGGCGAUAAGAUUUAUGUAGCCGAUUUGAUUGGUCAGAAGAUUGAUGUUUUUGAGCUGAGCGGCAAUUGGCAUGCAGUCGUGUUGGGUUCAAAUCUUACCAGCCCUGCUGAUCUUGCACUCGAUCCCACAUCGGGUCUCAUGUUCGUUGCCGACGGUGGCCAAGUGUUGCGCGCUCAUAUGGAUGGCACACAUGCACGUUCGAUUGUCUCUGAGGCCGCGUACAAGGCGUCCGGUGUCACCGUGGAUAUCAUAGCAAAACGCGUUUACUGGUGCGACUCCUUGCUGGACUAUAUCGAGACAGUCAACUAUGAGGGCAACAAUCGUAUAAUGGUGCUGCGCGGUCAGCAAGUGCCAAGCCCAUCGCGUUUGGCACUCUUCGAAAACCGCAUCUACUGGACGGAUGCCACCAAGCAGGGUGUUAUGUCUGUGGACAAAUACGCAGGUCCCACCUCGAUACAGGUCACUUACAAAGCGAAGGAUAUACGUGAACCGAAGGGUAUUGUGGCUGUGCAUGCGCUGAGUCAACCACGCGUCUCCAACCCGUGCGGUAAUAACAAUGGCGGUUGUAACCACAUGUGUAUUGUGACAGCAGUCAAAGGCGCGCCCACCGGCUUGGGAUAUCGUUGUGCCUGUCACACGGGCUAUCAGCUACAGACCGAUUUGAAGAAUUGUAAAAUUGUGCGCGAGUUUCUCAUGUACUCACAGCAGCGCUUCAUCAAGGGUAAGGUGCUCGAGCCAGUUAUUGAGGGUUUCAGCGAUGCCAUUUUGCCUGUGGUGUCACGACGUGCGCGCUUCGUUGGUUUGGAUUAUGAUUCGCGUGAUGCUUUCAUUUACUACUCAGAUGUGCUGCAAGAUGUCAUCUAUCGCGUGCACCGCAACGGCACGGGACGUGAGAUUGUGCUCGCCUCACAGAAUGAAGGUGUGGAAGGUUUGGCAGUGGAUUGGGCUGCGAAGAAUCUCUACUACAUUGACUCUCGCAAAGGUACGCUAAAUGUGCUAUCCACACGUAACGUGACCUAUCGACGUACACUGCUCAAGAAUCUGAAACGCCCACGUGCCAUUGUUGUACAUCCCAAUCGGGGUUUCAUCUUCUUCUCGGAGUGGGAUCGCCCCGCAAAUAUUACCCGUGCUAAUUCUGACGGCACCAAUCUGCUCGUUUUCAAAAACGUCACGCUCGGCUGGCCCAAUGGCCUCUCAAUUGAUUUCAAAGAGGAUCGCGUUUACUGGUGUGACGCUUUGUUGGAUCACGUGCAGCAUUCAAAUCUCGAUGGUAGUGAUAUUAAGACAGUUAACUCGCGUUUGGUGCGUCAUCCAUUCUCCAUUGUCAUACACAAUGACUGGAUGUACAUAACGGACUGGCGUCUGGAUGCCAUCAUACGUCUGCACAAGUUGACUGGUGAGCAAGAGGAAAUGAUGGUGCGCGAGCCCCAAACUAACCGUCUCUACGGUGUCAAGGUGUACAGUCACGAGGUACAAACCAUAACCGACAUACAUCCCUGCCAUGUGAACAAUGGUGGCUGUGAGAAGAUUUGCUUUGCCAUACCACGUAAUGAUUCCAUGUUGCCCGCACUUCAGACACGCUGCUCCUGCCCCUACGGCGAGCGUUUAGCGGAAGAUCAACGCUCCUGUGCAGCUGAUCCUAAUGCUGAGCCACCAGUUCAACCAUGCCCCAACUCUUGGGACUUCACCUGCAACAACCAGCGUUGUAUACCGAAGUCAUGGGUGUGUGACGGCGACGACGAUUGCUUGGAUAACAGCGACGAGGAGCAGAACUGCACAAAACCGACUUGCGGCUCCAAUGAGUUCCAAUGCAAAUCCGGACGUUGUAUACCGCUCAACUUCCGCUGCGAUCAGGAAAACGACUGCGGUGACAACUCAGACGAAUUCGAAUGCGGCAAUGUCACCUGUGGCACCGCGCAGUUCGCCUGUGAAAACGGCCGAUGCAUACCGAAUAUGUGGAAAUGCGAUAGCGAGAACGAUUGUGGUGAUGGCUCGGAUGAGGGCGAUUUCUGUGCGGAGAAAACUUGCGCUUACUUCCAAUUCACUUGCCCUCGUACGGGACAUUGCAUACCGCAGAGUUGGGUUUGUGAUGGCGACGACGAUUGCUUCGAUAAACAGGAUGAGAAAGACUGUCCGCCCAUCACUUGUCUGGCGAAUCAAUUCAAAUGCGCCGAUCUGCGUCAGUGCGUCGAGGAGUCAUACAAAUGUGAUGGCAUACCGGAUUGUAAUGAUGGUAGCGAUGAGCUGGACUGUCCUUCGAUGGGUCCGAACCAGUGUAAUUUGGAGAAACACUUCCGCUGUAAAUCGUCUGGUUUCUGCAUACCAAUUGCCUGGCAUUGCGACGGUUCCAACGAUUGUUCCGAUCGUUCAGAUGAAGAGGAUUGCGGGCAAAUUACCUGCGCGCAGAACUUUUUCAAAUGCAACAACUCAAAUUGUGUAUUCAAGGCGUACAUUUGUGAUGGUAAAGACGAUUGCGGCGAUGGUUCGGAUGAGAGCUCUCUACAUGCCUGCGUGCCGCCGCCCUUCAAGUGUCCCUACGGACAGUGGAAGUGUCCGGGUGUUAGCGAGCGUUGCGUGAACAUGACCUCGGUGUGCGAUGGCACGGCCGAUUGCCCGAAUGGCGCGGAUGAAGGCGAAGGCUGUGAUCUGGCUGAGUGUACACAUCAAGGUGGCCUCUGUUCGAAUGGUUGCCAAAAGACGCCGCUGGGUGCCACCUGUGUUUGUCCACCUGGCUCGGAGAUUGGCGAAGACGGUUACACUUGCGUCGAUAUGAACGAAUGCGAUCCACCAGGCCUCUGCUCGCAACAAUGUACCAAUACGAAGGGCUCCUACUUUUGCUCUUGCACGGAUGGUUAUCUCCUCGAACCGAAUAAGCACACUUGCAAGGCGGUGAAUCAUUCGGCAGCCUUCCUCAUCAUAUCCAACCGUCAUUCAAUACUUGUCGCCGAUCUGAAAGAGCAGGGUUUGGAACGCGUGCCAAUCAUUGUGGAGAAUGUUGUCGCUACCGCUUCAAAUAUGCACACAGGCACGAUAUUCUGGAGUGACAUGAAAUUGAAGAAGAUCUCGCGUUUAGAUCGUGGACAGGAGCCACAAGAAAUUAUCAAUACCGGCUUGGACUUGGUUGAGGGUUUGGCGUAUGAUUGGGUCGCGCGCAAUCUAUAUUGGCUGGACAGUAAAUUGAAUACGAUUGAGGUGUCUGCAGAAAAUGGCUCAAGCCGAUUGGUGUUGGUACGCGAAAACAUCACACAACCGCGUGGCAUGUGUCUUGACCCGAGCCCGGAUGCACGCUUCAUCUUCUGGACAGACUGGGGUGAGAAUCCGCGUAUCGAACGUGUCGGCAUGGAUGGCACAAUGCGUGAGACUAUCAUUAAUACAAAGAUCUACUGGCCGAAUGGACUUACUUUGGAUAUUGCCACCAAACGCGUCUACUUCGCUGAUUCUAAAUUGGAUUUCAUUGACUUUUGCUACUACAACGGCACAGGUCGUCAGCAGGUUUUGGCUAGCAGUCACUAUCUACUGCAUCCACACUCGCUGUCGCUCUUCGAGGACACACUCUACUGGACAGAUCGUCAGCUAAACCGUGUGCUAUCGGCCAACAAGUUCCGCGGCAAAAAUCAGACAGUGGUUUCGCAUUUAAUCAGCCAACCCCUCUCCAUACAUGUACACCAUCCCUCGCUACAGCCAAUCCAUCCAAACCCUUGUGAAAAAUCGAACUGUCAGCAUCUCUGUCUCUUAAGUCCCAGCGCACAGGUGGGCUACUCAUGCAAGUGUAAGCCCGGUUAUCGCCUAAUGAGCGAAGGUCGCUGCCUGGAAGAGGAAAAUCCAUUCUUGGUAGUCGUCAAAGGUACACAGAUCGUCGAUAUACCAUUGAAUGGCGGUGAUGCGCGCGCUGGCUCGCUCGCUCCAGUCAUCGGCAUUGAGAGCAGCACCGGUUUGGACUUCGACCGCAAAGGCGAGACCUUAUACUGGGUGCAGGGACGAGAAGGUGAUGAUGAGAACUGCACAAUUUACUCCACACCUUAUGGUGGUGGUAAUAAAACGCAAUUCCUCGGCUCCGAUACCGGCAUUGUGGGCUCGCCCUACACUAUCGCUUUCGACUGGCUCGGUCGCAAUCUCUAUAUGGGCAAUCGCAUUGCUAGCAACAUUGAAGCGGUGCGCGUAGAUGGCAAGAUCAAGUAUCGCACCAUAAUACUCGCUAACGACGGCAAUCAAACCUCAGUAUCAAAACCCAAACAAAUGGUACUCGAUCCGAACGACGGUAAACUCUUCUGGAUUGACGAAGGUGGUUACGGUGUGCCGGUAAAGAUCGGGCGCGUAAAUAUGAACGGUAAUAACCCGAUGGUGCUGAAGUCAGAAAUCGAUCAGCCCGAAAGCAUUGCUUUGGAUGUGGAGAAAAAAUUGGUUUACUACAGCACACAAUAUCCCCCUACAAUCUGUGUGAUGGAUUAUCAUGGUGAGGACCAUCGCGUCUUGUUAUCCGAGGACAAUGCAAUUUCACGCCCACGCAGCUUGGGCAUCUUGGACUCAAGGCUGUACUAUCUGGAUCCCAUAUAUGAGAAGAUUGUACGUGUAGACCUGCCACGCGGUGAUAACCCCAAAGUCAUUGUGGAUAACGAACCCGAUCUGAAGAGCAUGAUCAUCUUCAAGAAGCGUCCAAUGAUGCAGCACCCCUGUCAAAUGAAUAAUGGCGGUUGUGAGCACCUCUGUAUACCAGAUGAUGUCUCAUCGCGUAGCUGUGCCUGCGGUAUGGGCUAUCGCAAGGAUAACGAUAUCAACUGUGUGUCUUAUAAGACAUUCGCAGUUGUCUCGCAACUGGAUGUAACGCGUGGCUACAGUUUGACCGACAGCUCGGAAGCAAUGGUACCUAUUAGUGGACCGGGUCAUCAUAUACUACACGUCGAUGUACUCUUCCGUGAACAAUGGAUCUACUGGGCCGAAUACAACCGUGGCACUUGGAAUGGCAUUUUCCGUCGUCGUCCUAACGGCACCGAGUUGCAACACAUUAUUAAAGACGGUAUUGGCAGCAAUGGCAUACGCGGUCUCACCAUCGAUUGGGUCGCAGGCAAUAUGUAUUUCACGAACAUUUACCCGCAUGAAAAUUAUGUUGAGGUCUGUUGGUUGGAUGGCAGUAAUCGCAAGGUGUUGGUGAAGACCACAACGGACGCUCCACGUGAACUAGCUGUUAAUCCGCUCAAACGUCUGCUGUACUGGAUCGAUUAUGGUCAACAUCCACGCAUUGGCAAGGCAUACUUAGACGGCUCUAACUGGACGCCUAUGGUCACAUCCGGCAUAUCGAACCCCCGUGACUUGACCGUUGAUAUGCUAACGCAUGAUGUUUACUGGGUCGACUCGAAGCUGGAUACCAUUCAGAAGAUCUCCUAUCAAGGCGGCAAUCGCAAAAUCAUACGCCGUAAUUUACCCAACCCAAUGGGUAUAGCUGUCUAUCUGAGCGACGUCUACUGGGUGGAUCGUAAUCUCUUGACCGUCUUCAAGGCAUCCAAGUUGUCCGGCAACGAAACGGCGCCAGUACGUGUGCGCACCAAUUUACAAAAGCUACGCGACAUUGCCAUUUACAACAUCAACAAUCAACCACAGGACGAAAGUAAUCCCUGCACACGCUACGGCAAUGGCGGCUGCGACCAACUAUGCUUCAGUUUUCCGCCCAACAGCACGAACCCUUCCCGCCUCAGUUACCGUUGCGAUUGCUCCACCGGCAAGCUCUCUGCCGACGGACGUAAGUGCGAGGUGGUCAACGAAUAUCUCGUUUUCGCCACACGUACCGAAAUACGCGCCGUCAAUUUAGAUCCACAUUCCACACAGGUGCCCUUCACACCAAUGAGCAACCUCACGAAUGUUGUCGGUCUCGACUUUGACUUUGCAGACAAUCACAUGUUGUUCACACAAAUCCGUCCAUGGGCUAAGAUUGCCUACACCAAGGCUGAUAACCCGAACAGCAAUGAUGUGAAUGUGGUUUUGAGCAGAGGUAUUAACCCUGAAGGCAUCGCAUACGAUUGGACACAGAAGAAGAUUUACUGGACUGACAGCUCGAAUAACUCUAUCUACGCUAUGAACUUGGAUGGCACUGAUCUGGUAAUGAUUGCACGUGUGGAGCGCCCACGUGCUAUUGUCUUGGAUCCAUGCAACGGUACACUCUACUUCACCGACUGGGGUCGCUUCGGCACAUCGGGCAAGAUCUUCCGCACCACAAUGGCUGGCUCGCUGAAACGCGCUAUUGUCGAUAAGGAACUCUCACAACCCAGUGGUUUGGCAAUUGACUAUGAUGAACGUAAACUGUACUGGACCGAUGCAGUGCGUGAAAAGAUCGAACGCGCCGACUUGGAUGGCAAGAAUCGUGAGCUGCUUGUAGAUGCGACAAUAUAUCCCUUCGCUAUAACAGUAUUCCGAAACUAUAUCUACUGGACUGAUCUGCAGCUGCGUGGCGUUUACCGCGCUGAGAAGCACACGGGCGCCAAUGUGGUUGAGAUGGUCAAACGGCUGGAGGACUCACCACGUGAUAUACGAGUUUACAGCGCUGAACGACAAAAGUGCUCGGUUAAUCCCUGCCUCAUCAAGAAUGGCGGCUGCGCACAGAGCUGUCAUCCGGCGCCGAACGGCAAGGCAGAAUGCAAGUGCGAUGGCAACUCAAAGGUGGUCAAUGAAGGACGCAUGUGCGCGCCGCGUAACAACACCUGCGAGGCAAGCAAAUUCUAUUGUCAGAACGGCAAGUGCAUCUCGCGCAUGUGGUCCUGCGAUGGUGAUGACGAUUGUGGCGAUAACUCGGAUGAGGAUCCCAACUACUGCGCGUACCAUUCCUGUUCGCCCACCGAGUUCCGUUGCAACAAUGGACGCUGCAUCUUCAAGUCAUGGAAGUGUGAUCAUGAGAACGAUUGUAAGGAUGGCUCCGACGAGAUCGAUUGUACGUAUCCACCUUGCGUGGAUGGUGAAUUCACAUGCGGUAACGGUCGCUGCAUACCCAUGGCACAGGUGUGUAAUGGCGUCAAUGACUGCAAAGACAAUACAACCUCCGAUGAGACGCACGAACGUUGUCCACAGAAUACAACCUGUCCGCCGAAUCAUCUCAAGUGUGAGAAGACCAACAUCUGUGUGGAACCCUACUGGCUGUGCGAUGGUGAUAACGACUGUGGUGACAACUCAGACGAGGAUCCUCUACACUGCGGCCAACGCACUUGCCCGACGAAUAGCUUCCGCUGCCCGAACCACCGCUGCAUACCGGCGACUUGGUACUGCGAUGGCGAUGAUGAUUGUGGUGAUGGCGCUGACGAGCCACCAGAGUAUUGCAAGUCGGAGGGACGCACUUGUUUCGGUGAUCUCUUCACUUGCGACAAUGGCAAUUGUAUACCGCGAAUAUAUAUCUGUGAUGGUGAUAAUGAUUGUCUGGAUAACAGUGACGAGGAUAACAGACAUCAGUGCAAUGACCGGAAAUGUGAUGAGGAAACCGAGUUUACUUGUCUGGAGAAUAAAGCCUGGGGUCGCGCACAGUGCAUACCGAAGAAAUGGAUUUGUGACGGCGAUCCGGAUUGUGUUGAUGGCGCUGACGAGAAUACUACCCUACAUAACUGUGCCACACAACAACCCUGCGGCGAAGACAUGUUCACUUGCGACAAUGGACGUUGCAUCAAUAAGGGUUGGACUUGCGAUCACGACAACGACUGCGGCGACGGCUCGGACGAAGGUAAAUUCUGCAGCUCCAAGUACAAGAGUUGUUCCGACCAGGAGUUCACCUGUCAGAACUUCAAGUGCAUACGUAAUCAGUAUCGUUGUGAUGGCGAGGACGACUGUGGCGAUCAUUCAGAUGAAGUGGGUUGCAAGAAAGAUAAUACGACCUGUCCGAACGGUCAAUUUACUUGCACAAAUGGCCAGUGUAUUGACUAUCAUCUGGUGUGUAAUAAAGUGCCCGACUGCAGCGAUGAAUCUGAUGAGCCGGCCCAUUGUAAUGUGGACGAGUGUGCGAAGGUCGAGAUACAUCAAUGUGGACACAAGUGUGUGGAUACGCUGACGAGCUAUUAUUGUGACUGUAACCAGGGCUAUAAACUCAUGCCCGACGGCAAGGCCUGCGCUGAUAUCGAUGAAUGUCUGGAGCUGCCCGGCGCUUGCUCGCAACACUGUUCGAACACCCCCGGCGGCUACUACUGCAAGUGUGACGAACGCUACUAUGAACGUCAGACGGACGAGCAUACCUGCAAGCGUAAGGAUAACACCGCUCCUUGGUUGGUCUUCACAAACAAAUACUAUGUGCGUAAUAUGUCGCUCGAUGGCAAACAGUACAAUCUCAUGCAUCAGGAUCUUAUGAAUGUUGUCGCUUUGGACUUUGAUAUACAAGAGCAGUACAUGUACUUCUGCGAUGUGACCGCCAAAACCAUUUUCCGUUCGAAGUAUGGUCUCGAUGAUGAUGAGAAACCGGAGCGUGAGGCCAUCAUACGGCACGACUCUCAUGGUUUGGAGGGCAUCGCAGUCGAUUGGGUUGGUCGCAAGCUCUACUGGCUCGAUAGACACUCGAAGAACCUGGAUGUAUCUGAGCUGGAUGGCACGAAACGCAAAACGCUCCGCAGUGGCGUUAUCGAUCCACGCGCUUUGGUUGUUCACCCCGGCAUUGGCUAUUUGUAUUUCACUUCGUGGCAUUUGCAGGCGUACAUUGCCAAAAUGGGCAUGGAUGGUUCGAACUUUACCCGCAUACUCACCUGGGAUGACGAUAUUGCAUGGCCGAAUGCGCUAACGUUAGACUACUUCACAGAUCGAAUUUACUGGGCAGAUGCUCAUUUGGAUUAUAUUGCUUAUACGGAUCUGGAGGGACGUCAUCGUCAUGUAGUGUUGUCGGGCGUUAAGGUGCCACACAUCUUUGCACUCUCACUCUUCGACGACUAUCUUUACUGGACCGAUUGGAAUUUGAAGGGCAUUAUGCGCGCCAAUAAGUUUACAGGACAGAAUUACACCGUUUUACGGAACACCACCCACCGUCCAUAUGAUAUACAUAUCAACCAUCCACUCAGACAACUGCCAUACACGAACCCUUGCGGUAAAGACAACGGCGGCUGCUCCCAUCUGUGUCUAAUUGCGCCACCACCCGAGUCCACCUACUUCAAUAUUGAGGGCUACAUCGAGGAGGGUGCGCCCAGCUAUAAGUGUGCUUGCCCCAACCAGUUCUACUUGGCACGCGAUAGUAAGACCUGCAUUGCCAACUGCACAGCUGGUCAGCAUCGUUGCGGCGGCAAUGAUGAGAAAUGUAUACCCUGGUUCUGGAAGUGUGAUGGCGAGAAGGAUUGUAAGGAUGGCUCGGACGAACCAUCGACUUGUCCGACUCGUCAUUGCCGCGCCGGUACAUUCCAAUGUAAAAACACCAACUGCACACCCUCAGCCACGAUUUGCGAUGGUACUGACGAUUGCGGUGAUGGUAGUGAUGAGCAAAACUGUGAUCUGCCCUGCCCCGAAUCGGACUUCAAGUGUAAGUCCAGUGGUCGCUGUAUUUUGGAUAGCUGGCGUUGUGAUGGCGAUGCGGAUUGUAAGGACGGCAGCGACGAGGACCCCGCUGUGUGUCACAAACGUGCCUGUGAUCCUGAGACCGAGUUCAGCUGCAAGAAUGGCCGCUGCAUACCAAAACUGUGGAUGUGCGACUUCGACAACGACUGCGGCGAUGAUUCCGAUGAACCGGCCUACAUGUGUCGCCAGCGCAACUGCACAACCGGUUGGCAACGCUGCCCCGGCCAGUCGAACUACCGCUGCAUACCUAAAUGGCUCUUCUGUGACGGUAAAGACGAUUGCCGUGACAACAGUGAUGAGUUACCAGAGAAUUGCCCGAAAUGCUCUUCGGAGACGGACUUCAAGUGCGCCAACAACCGCUGCAUACCAAAACAAUGGAUGUGCGACUUCUCGGACGAUUGCGGCGAUGGCAGUGACGAAAAUGAUGCAAUCUGCAAGGGUAAAUAUCGUGAGUGCUCCGAGUCGGAGUUCCAUUGCGCUAAUGGCAAGUGUAUUUCGUCGCGCUGGCAGUGUGAUCAUGAGGACGAUUGCGGUGAUAAUUCUGAUGAGAUGAACUGCGAGGGUUACAAGUGUAAGAACGGCACCUUCCAGUGCAUGUCUGGCCACUGCAUUGCCUCGUACUUCCGCUGCGACGGUGACCGCGAUUGUCGCGAUAUGUCAGAUGAAAUUGACUGCCCGCCACGCUUCCCCGGCGGUCGCUAUUGCCCCGAGUCACGCUUCCAGUGUAAUAAUAAUCUCUGCGUUUCACCAUCGGAUCUCUGCGAUGGCACUGACGACUGCGGUGAUGGUUCAGAUGAGGAUGCCAAGGUGUGCACCGACUUCAAUUGUGACACGUUGCGCCGCUUCCAGUGCGCAAAUCAUCGUUGUGUGGCGCGUUAUCAGAUUUGCGACGGUGUGGACAAUUGUGGUGAUGGCUCCGAUGAAAAUAACAUGACGCUGUGCGCGAGCAAACAGAAGCCUUGCGAUCUUUACACACAGUAUCAAUGCGCGAAUAAGAACUGCAUAGAACGCUCGCAGGUUUGUGAUUACUCAGAUGAUUGUGGUGAUGCUUCCGAUGAGUUGGGCUGCCACCACACGAAUACUUGUUCGGAGCUGACACGCGGCGGUUGUGAGCAUCACUGCCACAAUCUGACUGACGGCGGCUACAUCUGCGCUUGUUAUCCGGGCUAUAUAAUAUCGGCUGACAAUAAGAAACGUUGCUUAGAUGUUGAUGAAUGCGCGACGCGACAGCAUACGUGCUCACAUAAAUGUCAGAACCUCAAUGGCACAUACUCGUGCUCAUGCCGUGAAGGUUUCCGUCUAGUGGACAGUCAAUCUGGUGUGUGCAGAGCUGAGAAAGAAGAUAUUGUGUUGGUAUUCGCUAAUGGACCAGAGAUACGUGGUCUAGAUCUGCAAAAACGUGAAGAGUUCGAUGUGAUUGCGGCUGAAAAACGUAUCGAAGCUUUGGAUUAUGAUGCACAACAACAAAUCGUCUUCUGGGCUGACAGUUAUGAUAAGACCAUCAAACGCUCCUACAUGGUGAAUGCCUUGGAUGGACAGGCAAAGAUUGGUUUUGCACAAGACCUCAAUAUGAAGGGCGGUUCCAAGCCCACAGCAGUUGCCAUCGAUUGGCUUGCGUCCAAUCUCUACUGGACCGAAGUGGAUCGCACUGGCUCGAAACCGCGCGGUCGUGUAAUGGUUGCCAAAACAGAUGGUCGCUAUAGACGUUCGAUUGUCAAUGCUGGACUCGAAGUACCCACAUCAAUUGUUGUAAAUCCACAACUGGGACGCACAUAUUGGGCGGAUGCCGGCUCGGCACCGAAAAUUGAAGUAUCAUGGAUGGAUGGUUCUAAGCGCCGACCGCUCAUCACCGAUCGUAUACGCCAUCCUACUGGACUCACCAUUGACUACUCGCAAGAUCACGUCAUCUAUUGGGUGGAUAGCAAAUUGAAUACCAUCGAAUCUAUGCGUCCCGACGGCUCAAUGCGUAAGAUGAUUGUUAAAGGUGAUCAACUACGUCAUCCCAUCUCAUUGGAUAUAUUCGAGUCCACUAUGUACUGGGUAACACGUGACUCUGGAGAAGUGAUGCGUCAGGAUAAGUUCGGCCGUGGUGUACAAGUAAGCAUUCAUCGUAAUCUCGUCAAUCCGUCCGGUUUGAAGGUAUACCACGAACAACGUUAUAAUACCUCGCUACGCAAUCCCUGCUUCAACUCGAGCUGUUCCCGUUUGUGUCUACUCGUGCCGGGUGGUCAUCGUUGCGCUUGUCCGGACAAUUCCGGUCCACCACCCUCACAUCGCAGCACUGCUGAGGUGAUUUGUGAUGCCGCCGCCGAGCGUCCACGUCCGUCGCCACGCAUUUGCCCAUGCCAGAAUGGUGGUCACUGCCGUGAAAAUGAGCGUGGCGAUUUGUAUUGCGAAUGUCAACCUGAGUUCAAGGGUGAGCAUUGCGAUCGCAGCAUGGCGGGCGCGUUCGGUCAUGGCGGUGGUAAUGUAACGGCGGUCGUUGUGCCAAUAAUGGUGAUACUAUUAGUUCUGCUGACGGCGGGUGGUGCGUGGUACGUUAUACGCAAGAAGCCAUUCGGCAAGUUGGCGCGUCUACCCACAUUAACAUCGUCACAAAGUGUCACAUUCCGUCACGGCACGAAUGUAGAGUUUAAUGCUCCAGACUUUCCAGGUGGCGCCACAGCGGGCCCGUCCAAUGAUGUAGCUCCUAUGGAGGGCUAUAACCUGCAGACCGUGAGUACGGCCAAAACGCGCGACUUCUCGAACCCCAUGUACGAUGCCGUGCAAUCGGGUACCAAUACAGAUCCGAGCCUGAGUAAUGGAACAGGUAUUUACGAAGUGCCACAUGAUCCCUCCAAAACCAAACCGAUCGGUCCAUUUACCGAACCCGUUUCGGCCAUAUUAGCGCCUAGCAGCAUAACACACAAAUCAUCGCCGCAAUUACAGUUGCGUACCAGAGAAUUAGAUCCAUCAGCGGAUACUGGCAAGGAUACGCAAUAUCUUGUUGAGGAGGAUAAGUCUGAAUGCUGAUAUAAAAUUAUAUAGAACUGUAUGAAACAACAGCAAAAACAACAUCUACUAAAGCAACACCACCAACACUACAAAUCUGUAUGCGGCAGACAAAACAAUAGUAAUAAUAACAACAGCAACAACAAUAAAAAUAAUAGCAAAUCAAGUGUGACGAGUACAUAUUCCAAUUAUUUCAUACAACAAACAGUAACAACAGCAACAGCUACAACAACAACAACAAAGUAUAACCGUAAAAGUAGAAGAAAACAAGAGCAACAGCAACCUAGAGAUAUAUAUACAACGCUAUAGAAUAAAGUGAAAUGGAAAAAAGUAAAAUCAAAUAACGGUAACUGCUUGUAAAUGCAGUGAUGAAAAUUUCAAAAUUAUAAAUGUAAAAAUUAUAUGAAAUGGAAAAAACAAAAACAAAUUAGCAAAUAAACUAGAUAAAAGAAAGCUAGGGAAAAUAUCAUGCAUACAUACAUACAUACAUAUAUAUAUAAAUAUAUACAUAUACACAUGCAUAUAUUAUAUUUGUAAUUAAACAAAUGCAAAUAAAACCACAACCAAACGAAGAUAAUUUUUUUCUAAAUUUUUUAAACGCGCCAUUUGCAUGUAAAAAAAAACUCUACAAACAAGAACAACUGCUUUUUAAGAAUUUAUACCGAAGAAAAAAAUAAUUAGUGUAAUGAAAAUACCGUUAGCUAAACAUAUCUCUUUAAGUGCGUAAGCGCUAAA